GCCACUCUCCUCAUCGAAUAAGCAAUUAUAACUUGUAUGCCUUAUAAUUUCUAUGGGCUGGUUUAGCAGUUCAAGCUCUGAAUCUCCCGCUGCAACGAGGCAGGACCGCCAAAAGUGUUGGGAAAGUCGCGACCAAUACUUUGAGUGCCUAGAUGGCGCAGGUGUUCUAACAGCCGGAGAAGAAGGGACGGCAUGCACCAAAUCAAAAUUUCAGUACGAAAAGAACUGUGCCAAAAGCUGGAUUGAUUAUUUCAACAAACGGAGGGUCCUUGCUGAGAAACAGAAGGACAUGCUUGCGCAAUCUCAGCUGCAAGCGCAGGAAGUCAAACGCAAGUCGCUAUAGCUGGGAGUUGGCUGGCGUAC